AUGAGAAAAGUAGAGAGCGAGGAAAGAGAAGCGAGGGAUUGGAACGGAAUGGAGAAGAAAGGAGAGGAAGUAAAACGCUGCACUGUCAAGAUUGUACUUAAAGCUUGCAAGAUUUUAGUUCCAUUAACCAGUUUUGGUAAAGAAUACGAGAAUGAUAAUCCAAAAAAAGCAAUUAGAGAAAGAUACUUCGAGUCUUUUAAUCGGCGAUUUGACGUUCCCAAAGGAAUAGAGCAUACAGAAGAGACUUGCAAGGAUGAUAGCGCAGUGACUCUAAGGGGGUCCUCUCUAGAGAUUACGCUCGUAGAAGAUCUCAUGACGAAGAACAAGCAGCGAUCUAUAUGGCGCUUCCUGGCCUGCAGUAUUGUCCUCAUAAUCGUGCUGGCCCUGCUGAUCGCGGGGGGGAUCCUUCUGAUCGGCAGUCCGUAUUCCUCCUCGUCUAGAACGAACGGCGCAGCCGGCAUUUCCUUGGAGGAAUGGCUCUCCGGUUCGUUAUCCCCCAAGAGCUUCAACGGCACGUGGAUUAGCGGAGAUGAGAUUCUCUACCGAGACGAGAUAGGCAAUUUGUUGAUCUACAAUGUCAGCUCGGCCACAUCCAAGAUACUGUUGGACUCCAGCAAUCCCGAUUUGCUGUCGAGUUUUGAUCACCAUUUAUCUGCCGAUAGGAAAUAUCUAUUGCUCGCUCUCAACUACCAGAAGCUGUAUCGUCAUACAUACCUGGCACAUUACAGGAUCGUGAACCUGGAGACUCUAACAGAUACGAUAUUGGCGGCGAAUGAAUCGACGCCGUUACAACUUGCAACUUGGACACCUCAAGGCAACGCCCUGAUCUACGUUCACCAGAAUAACAUCUAUUAUAGACCAGAGGCAGAGGUGGCCAAUGACUAUCAAAUAACCAGCACGGGAGUAUUUGGAACUAUUUACAAUGGAGUACCGGACUGGGUUUACGAGGAGGAAGUGUUCAGCUCGAACAAGGCGCUCUGGUUUUCUCCGAGCGGCACUAAAUUGGUCUUCGGUUAUUUCGAUGACUCCAACACUCCUAUUAUGACCAUACCAUUUUACGGAUAUCCUGGAAGCUUAACUUUCCAAUACACGUCGGCGAUACCGAUCCACUAUCCUAAAAGCGGCACGACAAAUCCAACAGUCAAACUAUUUUACGUCGACCUCGACAUGGUAGUGCAAGGUAACGUGACUUUGGUAGAGAUCGAACACCCGCCACAGCUGUCUACCUCCGAAAGGAUCCUGUCAGCGGUGGACUUUCCUACGGACAGUCUCGUGUACGCAACUUGGAUGAACCGGGCGCAGAAUAGGGCGUAUUUCCAGCUCUGCGACGUCGACAGUCUGUUGCCAAAUUGCACGACAGCACUUUCAUAUAGCGAGAAAAAUGGUUGGGUAGAGCAAUUUGAAGCACCCAUAUUCAGCGAGGACGGUACGUCGUUCUUUCUGAUAUUACCGCAGACACAGAAGAACGGUAGCAAUUGGCGACACGUUGUGCUUGUUACGAACGUAACCAGUGGUAGGCCGAUCACCACUGCCCUCACCUCCGGCUAUUUCGUCGUGACGGAGAUAGUAACCUUGGAUCGGGAGGACUCGUAUCUAUACUACUUGGCUACUUCGGAACACAAGUCGGCAGUUCAACAUUUGUACAGAGUGUCAUUGGAUCCGGGGCACAAGUCGACGUGUUUGACUUGUAACAUUGUCAGAGAGAGGGACCGCAGCCGCUGUUUAUACAACAGUGCUAAAUUCUCCAUUGACAAUUCGCAUUACGUGCUCUCUUGUGCCGGGCCUGGAGUACCCGAUAUAUCUAUCUACAAUAAGAAUAGCACAUUGCUCACCGUGUGGGAGGACAACAGUGUAGUAAGUGAUAUAAUAAUGGAAAGAUCGCAGCCGAUCGUCCGUAAAUACAAAGUUCAAGUUCCUGGUGGUUUCAAUGCCCAGGUGAGACUCCUAAUACCACCUGGUGCUGACAUGAGCGGCGCCACCAAGUAUCCCAUGCUGGUUUACGUGUACGGUGGUCCGGAUUCGUAUCAGGUGACGGAGAAAUUUAAUAUUGAUUGGGGCACGUAUCUUGUAACAAACAAAAGUAUUAUAUAUGCUGCCAUUGACGGUCGCGGCUCUGGAUUAAUGGGAAAUGAUAUGAUGUUUGCCGGAUACCGACAUCUUGGCACUGUCGAAAUUGUCGACCAGAUCAACGUUACUCGGCAUCUGCAGGACAAAUUGCCCUUCAUUGACCGUACCAGAACGGCGAUAUGGGGCUGGAGUUAUGGUGGAUACGCGACCGGCAUGACGCUCGCUAUGGACUUAAAGGGUGUCUUUAAGUGCGGUAUGUCCGUCGCACCAGUUACAGAUUGGGCCCUUUACGAUUCGAUUUAUACCGAGCGGUUCAUGGGUCUGCCAACCGUUGCCGAUAAUCUACAAGGUUACGAAAAUGGUCAGCUGCUCAAUAAGGUCGAGAACAUCAAGAAUAAAAUGUAUUAUUUGAUUCAUGGUACUUUGGAUGACAACGUCCAUUAUCAACAGUCGCUUAUGCUCGCGAAGGUGUUGGAGCAGAAAGACAUCCUCUUCAGACAACAAACAUACACGGAUGAAGAUCAUGGUAUCGUCCAAUCGCGAGCGCAUCUAUACCAUUCGCUGGAGAACUUCCUGGACGAAUGCUUUCAAACGUCAUCAUGAUCGGAACACGGAAUAGUGAUGACAAUCUAGACGCUGUACACCACCUGCCUCACACUUGUAAAUAUGUCACGUGUACAUAGUUUAUGUACGAUAUGUAAUAUGAGCGUUUAGAGAGUGUACAUAGUGGUGUGUGCAAUUGUUGAGGAAGGAUGGAAAAGAGAGAGAGAGAGAGAGAGAGAGAAUACAUAAAAUAUGAGAAGAGUUGGAAUAGUUAAUUAGGCAGUAUCGUCGUGAAAUUAAGCAAGACAGGUCUGUAAAAAACACAGUUUGAUACGUUUUUUAAAGUAUAACGUACUCGAUCAAAUGGUGCGUCGAAGGCCUAAUAACGGCACGAACUCCGUCGCUUCGCCGUUCAGACCUCACUAGAAUGUAUUCCGUAUCGUUACACCUCGUACUUACAUUCUCAGCACACAGGCGUUGUUCAAACGUAGUA